AUGACGCAAAAUAAUGGAACGCUGGACGAUUACGCGUGUUCACAAGGAUUGAUUUUGCCAUUGAUCAACGAAUUCACGUGGUCGGUGGAAAUGCAAGCGUUUCUCUAUCUGCUCGGUCUCCUUUACUGUUUCAUGGGCGUCGCCAUCAUCGCCGAUAUCUUUAUGGGCGCCAUCGAGAAAAUCACUUCCACAACGCGCAAGGUGUAUCUAUCAAGAGGUGGAUCUCAAGAGCCUGAAAUGGUUGAGGUGCGCAUCUGGAACGGUACGAUCGCCAAUUUGACCUUAAUGGCACUCGGCUCAUCAGCACCUGAAAUCUUAUUAUCUAUUAUAGAAAUUGUGGGGAAUAAUUUCGAAUCGGGCGCUUUGGGUCCGGGUACGAUUGUCGGCUCUGCCGCUUUCAAUCUGAUGGGCAUUAGCGCCGCUUGUAUUCUUGCCAUUCCUGGUGUCGAAUCACGAAAAAUCAAAGGACUUCGAGUAUUCGCCGUCACAGCCGUGUUCAGUAUCUUUGCCUACCUCUGGUUGAUCAUCGUGUUAGUGGGAAUCAGUGAAGCCAUUCUCGAUGGACUUGCACUCACCAAAGACGGACAGGUGGAUCCCAACGUUUUAGCCAAAUGGGUCCGACAAGCCUCGCUCAGAGGUCUCAGUGGAGAGGACGCUGCUAAAUUGGCUGCAUACAAGUGA